CUUCUACUAUUACCACCACGACCACCACUGCCAGCAUCACUAUUGCAGUAUUACCAUUUAUCCGUCUAUAGAUCUAUUAGUGUAUCUAUGUCAAUCUAUCUGUCUGCCUGUCUAUCUAUCUAUCUAUCUAAGUCUAUCUAUCUAUCUAAGUCUAUAUUUAUUAUCUGUCUGCUUGUCUGUAUGUAUCAGUCUACCCAUAACAAAGAGAGGUCCACUUAAUUAAAAGUAAACAGCUGAGACAAUAUACACAUUCAUAAAUCCUAUUGUAAUCAUAAAAAAAAAAAAAACACCUCUACAUCUGUGUAUGUGUUAGUAUGUUUGUGUAAACAGGUGCGAGGCAGGGAGGGCCACGUUUUUUUGUCCAUUUAUACGUGGCGUUACAGGUGUGUUGGAGGCUCCCGCACAGUCGUCUAUUCUCGCUUCUCCAGGGACGGUGGUGCCGAGUCCCUAGUUCUGAGGCAGCAGCAAUAUGUCCCGUCUCAUCCUGGUGACUGGCGGCGCUGGUUACGUCGGCUCCCACACCACGAUCGAGCUCCUGGCGGCGGGGUAUGAGGUGGUGGUGGUGGACAGCUGCGUGAACUGCGUGGCCGGGGAGGAGGGGAAGCUGCCACCGUCCCUUGUCAGAGUGCAGGAGCUGGCUAAGAAGAGUCUAGUUGGGUUUUAUCGUGUUUCACUCACGGAUGCUCUCGCCCUCGCUGGAGUGUUUGAGAAGCACCGGGUGGACGCCGUGGUUCACUUCGCCGCACUCAAGGCCGUCGGGGAGUCUGUGGAGAAGCCCCUCGAGUACUACCAGAGCAACGUGUCGGGAACCCUCACUCUACUGCAGGUGAUGCGGGAAGCAGGUGUGCAUCGGCUGGUGUAUUCCUCCUCGGCUACUGUGUACGGGGCCCCCCAGUACCUGCCGGCAGACGAGCAGCAUCCCACCGGCGCCGGCCUCACCAACCCCUACGGGAAGACCAAGUAUUUCUGCGAGCAGGUGAUGCAGGACUUGGCGGCGUCAGACAAGGAGUGGCGGCUGGUUUCCCUUCGGUACUUCAAUCCGGUGGGCGCGCAUCCGUCGGGCCGCAUCGGGGAGGACCCUCUUGGCCCCCCCAACAACCUCAUGCCCUUCGUGGCCCAGGUGGCGGUCGGGAAGCGGGAGGAGCUCAGUGUGUUCGGUAACGACUACGACACGCCAGACGGGACAGGCGUGCGUGAUUAUGUGCACGUGGUGGACUUGGCGGAGGGUCACGUAAUGGCGCUCGACAAGGCCUUCAGCAAGUCGUUCAGGGGCUACGCGUCGUACAAUCUGGGCACGGGCCGCGGCGUGUCUGUGCUGGAGAUGAUUGAGGCGUUCUGCAGGGCGAGUGGGAAGCCUGUGCCGUACCGCGUGGUGGGGCGUCGUGCAGGGGACGUGGCCAGCGUGGUGGCAUCCUGCAGCCUGGCGGAGGAGCAGCUGGGGUGGCGGGCGAGGCGGGACCUGCAAGAGAUGUGUGAGGACGCAUGGCGGUGGCAGAAGCUACACCCAAAUGGUUUCAGGUCCUGCCAGUGACACUUUCCUACACACCCCGUCAAGUCUCCAGAGAAGCACACAGCACCUCUACCGUUAACGCUUCCCCCAACGCUCCCCUCUCCUAUCUGCCCUCCCAUACCGCUCGUCUUCCUGUUACUUCUGUUACUUGUUCUGCUAAUAUUGUUGAUCUUUGUUAAGUUUUUUGUCUACGUCUUUUCUUAGUCUCCUCUCUCUCUCUCUCGCUCCCUGCUGCAAAAUAAUUAAAUACUGAAAAAAAAAAAAAAAAAAAAAGGCAGCUUCUCAUGUUUGUUAUUGAGACGCGGUGCUGGCUGUGCAUACUUACACUCAAAUAAAAACAUGCAUACUGGUAUUUAGACACACAAAGGAUCCAUGCAAGAAACAAAGGAUCCAUGCAAGACAAGUGACGAAUCCUGUAGUGUGUACAAUGAAUUGAUUAAAAGAUGUAUAUAAUGUGUAUGUAUUACCUGCAAACUGGCUGUGUGAAUUAUAAAAUGAAGAGUGUAAUUAAAAGAUGUACAUAUUCUAACCGUGAAUUGUACGAAGAUGAUAAACAAAGAUGUCUAUAGAUGUAAAC